GCGGAAGUGACGCAGCCCCCGAGCCCCCCUCCAGCCCCCCCGCGACCCCCCGGCAGCGGAGCCGCCGCCGCAGGCCCGAUGGACGCGGAGGUGCCCCGGGGGCUGUAGGACCCCCCAGCGGCAGGAGCUGCCGGGCCGGGCCGGGGGCUCCCGCUGUGCCGGGGGUCGCGCCCGUCCCCGUGUCCUCGCCAUGUCGGGGGCCCUGAGCAAGCGCAGCGACCUCGCCAACGACAACCGGUGCCCGGGGCUGAGCCUGGGGCUGCCCCCCGAGCCCCGCACCGGGCCCGGCGGGGCCCCGGCCGAGGAGCUGCCCGGUGCCGGCUGGGCGAAGGCCGGCCGGGACCAGAACCGCAACGAGUUGGAGCCGGGGCCGGGCCCGGGGGGGUCCCCGGGGGCGCUCGAGCCGGGGGUCCAGGCCCGCAACGCCCGGAACGCCGCCGGGGACCCCCGGGCGCUGCUGAUCGGCGCCUCGGAGGAAGAGGAGGAGGAGGACGAGGACGAGGAGGACGAGGAGGAGGAGGACGGGGCCGGGGUCUCCCCGCCGGCCCUGGGCGCGGAGCGGGGCCCGCGGGAGCCCCCUGGGCGCAGCGCCAGCCGCCUCUUCGGGGGGCCCGGGCCCGGUAGCGACGAGGACUCGAGCUGGGCCACCCUGAGCCAGGGCAGCUCCCCCGACGAGCCAGAGUCGCUGUGGCCACGCGAUGCAGGGGCACACGGGGACCUGCCCCCUGGGUGGCUGCGGGUGCAGGACACCUCCGGCACCUACUACUGGCACGUCCCCACCGGCACCACCCAGUGGGAACCCCCUGGGGGGCCCCACGAGACCCCCUCUGAUGGCAGCACCCCCACCGAGGGGCCCACUCUCUCCUGGACGAGCUUCGCCCCAGCCGAGACCUUCGGCGACGGAGACUUGUGGAAGGACCCCACGGCUGAGGAGGAGGAGGAGGAGGAGGAGGAGCCGGGAGCGUCGGAUGCAGAGACGCCAUCGCCAGGCCCGGGAUCGCCGGGAGAGGGCAUGGCCCUGGGCGAGGAGGACGCGCUGAACUCCAAGGGCCUGCCAGUGCGCUCCCUGGGCUGGGUGCAGCUGCGGGAGGAGGAGCUGGGGCCCGGCCGCAGCAGCGGCACCGUCAGCGCCUGCAUCCGGCAGCUCUCGGGGCCCAGAGACGGCCCCCCCGGCACCUGGGGGGAGGCGCGGGCGCUGCUGCUGCUCGAGGGCCGCACGCUGAAGCUCGUGGACCCCCGGGACCGGGCGCUGCUGCACUCACAGCCCGUGGGCGGCAUCCGAGUGUGGGGCGUGGGGCGGCAUGGCAGCAGGGACUUUGCGUACGUGGCCCGGGACCCCCUGACACAGGUGCUGAAGUGCCACGUGUUCCGCUGCGAGGGGCCAGCCAGCACCAUUGCCACCGGGCUGCACCGGGUCUGCGCCCAGCUGACGGAGGAGCGACGAAGCGCCCGAGCAGCAGCCAACGGGCUGGGCACGGACCACCCCCGGCUGGGGGAGCCCCCGCUGCAGGUGGAGUUCCCGGCCCCCAAGAGUGAGGCGGUUCAGCGCUUCCCCGUGUGUUACCUGGGCUGUGUCCCUGUUGCCAAGCCCGUGGGCAUGGAUGUGAUCAACGCGGCGCUGGAGGCGGCACUGGCCCCUGGCUCGGGGGAGCCCCCUGCACCCACCCCUGUUGUGGUCAGUGUGGCCCCUGCCACCCUCACCAUCGCCCACCGCCAGACGGAGGCAGUGCUGUGUGAGUGCCGUGUGCGGUUCCUGUCCUUCAUGGGGGUGGGACGUGACGUCCGCGCCUUCGCCUUCAUCAUGGCCAGCGCUCCCGGCACCUUCCGCUGCCACAUGGUGUGGUGUGAGCCCAACGCCGCGGGGCUCAGCGAGGCGCUGCAGGCUGCCUGCGUGCUCCGCUACCAGAAGUGCCUGGAUGCGCGGCCCCAGGCCUCCAGCUCCUGCCUGCCCGCCCCCCCGGCCGACUCGGUGGCGCGGCGGGUGGGCUCCUCCGUGCGCCGGGGGGUGCAGACCCUCCUGGGGACCCUCAAACCGCGGCGGGGAGGGGCACAGACCCCGUGAAGGGGGCGAGGGCACGAGGGGUGUGAGGCGGGGGGGGGCAGGAUGGCCAACCCAACGCACCAGGGCACAGAGUUCCCCGCGGUGUUGGGUCGGGGGUCCUACCCCGCCCCUGCUGCCCCCACAGUGGGUUACAAACCCCCCACAGUCCCCAAUGCAUGCGGCGUAACGAGGGUCUGUGUUGUACUAAAUCAUUAAUUAAUAAACCCAUUCCACCA